AUGAGCCUAAAUUGUUUAUCAUGUAAAGCCCUUCCACGAACAGAUUCCAACAAAGAGGUUGAUAUCUCCGGUCCCGGACCACCACCAGCGGUCGAGAUUAACCAUGUUAUAGGUAAAACAUGUGGUGCAAAUCAUCACGUUGGUGGGAGAAAUUGGUCAGGAAAUUUGAGCCCUAGGAUCUAUGAUAAGAUUGGACGGUCAGGAUCGUCUUUAGCACAAAAAAUGAAGAAGGUGAAAAAGAUUCAUCACAUUAGGCUAAGUGGUCCGGUCAUUGGUUCUAGCCCUAGCAAUGGACCGAUUUUUCCCGAACAACCGAAGCUUGUGAGAAGCAGUGGAAUGAGAAGGAAUUGGAGUUUUGAGAAUUUGAGAGAUCAAGGAUUAAUAGAAGAGAAAAUAAAGAUUAACAUAUGA